UCAAAAUUUCACCAGUCAACAAGAGUGAGCUCCCUUGUCAGCUUAAUUCAAAUAUUUGAAAAUGACUGCUUCGAACCCCGGGAACCCGGUUGUAUUCUUUGACAUAACAAUAGGAACCACGGAAGUUGGACGAAUCAAAUUUGAACUCUUUGCUGAUGCUGUGCCCAGAACAGCCGAGAAUUUCAGACAAUUCUGUACAGGUGAAUAUAGAAAAGAUGGAGUCCCUGUCGGUUACAAAGGUUCAAUAUUUCACAGGGUUAUCAAAGAUUUCAUGGUCCAAGGAGGAGAUUUUGUUAAUGGUGAUGGUACAGGAGUGAUGAGUAUAUUUGGUAAUGUGUUUGCUGAUGAAAACUUCACCUUAAAACACACCGGCCCUGGAAUACUAUCCAUGGCCAACAGCGGGAAAGACACCAACGGUUGCCAGUUCUUCAUUACGUGUGCGAAAUGUGACUUCCUUGACUCCAAACAUGUUGUAUUUGGCAAAGUGAUUGAUGGUUUGCUGGUUUUACGCAAAAUCGAGAAUGUACCAACAGGACCAAACAACAAACCUAAAUUACCAGUUGUCAUCUCUCAGUGCGGAGAAAUGUGAGAAUGAGGAACUGGGUGGGGGUGGACGGGGGGAUGACGAAGAUAUUUUUAAUUAAAACAUUUGCUACAAACUA